GUGUGUGUGUGUGUGUGUGUGUUUAGCAGAGAGAGAUGUGAGGUCUAGCUUUGAGUCAGAAGCAGCAGCUGAAGCCUGGGUCUGAGAGUGUGUGUGGGAUGUGACUCCCCCAUUUCCCUCACUUGUCUCUCAUCAACCCACUCAUCAACUAUCUCUCUGCCUCUCUCUUCCCUCUUGCUUAUUGAAGACAAGACACAGUUGUGUAGAAGUGUGAGAAAGAGGAUCGUAGUGUGUACGCAUAUGCAUGUGUGUGUGUGUGUGUGUGUGUGUGUGUCCAUCCCUUUCACAGUGAGUAAGGCGAGUGGGCGGUAGCAGCAACUGGUCUGCUUAUGUGGCGCGUUGCAUAGCAGACAUGUUUCUCACUGCUAGAUAUUACUCAUUUCCUCAGCCCUACACACACACACACACAAACACACAGUCUCAGUUAGACGCUCACGCACAUACACACGCUGACACACACAAGCUCGCAGCUUCUCAGUGGUCUUGCUGGUGCUAUUUCUCACAUAUACGGAGCUCUGAGGCAGCGUGUGACUGGUAGCUGUUGCUGGUGUUUCUAUUGGCGCUGUGGAGGUAAAGUAGGAAGCAGCCUGUGGAGAGGCACCUGAACCCCUGGAGGUUCUUAACCCAGGAGGGCUGCAGCAUGUAUAACCACCAACACCUGGACAACACUCUGGUCAACAGCCCACUCUAAGGUGAUAGGUCGUUCAGGGCUAGGGUGUCAGUGAUCUGACAGUGAUGUCGUGUCGAGGCCCUCCCCUCUCUCUGCGGCCCUCGUUUUCCCGUGAGGCCCAUGUAACCUAGCCGCCCCCGCCCGCCGCCACUGGCGCCCACCCAUGAAUCCCAGCCCGGACCGCGGCAAAGAGUGCCUCCCCCCCAAGAAGAGGGAGUCCCGGCAGGGCUCGGUUGACCAGCGCCCCCCACUGGACGAGUUCAAACCGCCCGCCGCGCCCCUCAGGACCCGGCCCGCCAGCAGCUCAGGGAGGGGGGAGGGGGGCAGGGAGAGCAGCGACGGGGCUCUGACGAACCCCCACAGUCUGCUACCCUCUCCCCCACCCCCCCUCCCACCCCCUGGUAUCCCACUCCCCCUGCCAUGGCAACUGGCCUACCCCCCCUCCAUCCCUCUUCCCUUCCUCCCAGGCCAGGUAGGAGAAAUGAGGGGGUCGGGCUCGCCCUCCUGGAGGGAUGAUCCUAUACCUGCUCCACUCCCCCAUCAUUCCAGAUGGCUCCGAGGUGAAAUCCCCGUUCCCCUUCCACCCUCCUCAUCCUCUUCCUCCUUCAAGAGCCCCUUCCCCGCUGACUCCAGAGAGAUGUGGUCCUAUUUCAACACAGGCCGAAGGGACUACAGCUCCUCUCUCUUUUCCCAAUCCCACCAGUUCAUCCAGCCCUCCCUCUAUCCCCAUGACUUCUCCAUGACUGAGGGCAGACACAGGUAUGUGGGCAAGAGGCCCAAUGGGCUGGACGGCCUGGGCAGCAGGACUGCCUCUGCCUCCAGGGUAGUGCCCCCCUCAGGAGAGUACGGGAACGAACCCAGUGGCAGGGCCAGGCUGGGUGGCAGCCUCCACUGUUCUCAUGCCAACGGGCGGCGGAGACACCAGGAGGAUCCCAUGGGGCGUUCCCAGCCGGUUGCAGUUUUCCGAGAUUCCCGAGCGCUACCUCCGGAGGGCCCUGACUCACAUUCCUCUCUGCAGGAAAGGGACCCCUGUGGGAAGCCAAAGCCUGGGUCCCUCACCCUGAUCCCUAGCAGGCCCCAGCCACAUCGGGCAGACCCCCGGGCAGGGAGAGGGGAGCUGCUGGACCCCCUGGGAGGCUCUCCAGCUAAGGCCCAGAUCUACUACUCCCUGGGCUCGAUGUACUCUACCCUACAGCCCAGCCACCUCAGCCCCCAGGCUCAGCCCUACCCCCUGUACAGCCCCUCAGGCAGCCCUCAGUACGGCCUGCACACCAUGAGGAACUCACAACACUCACCCCAGGGGCAGCCCAACAGCCACGGCACAGAGAGCGACAGAGAGAGGGAACAAGAGCGAGACAGAGAACGAGACAGAAAACAAGAACAAGACCGGGAGAGAGAACAUGAACGAGACAGAGACAACAGGGAGAGAGAACAUGAACGAGACAGAGACAACCGGGAGAGAGAACAUGAACGAGACAGAGACAACAGGGAGAGAGACAGUGAACGAGACAGAGACAAAAUCAGCGGAGACCUUUCCCCUGGGCAGCAGUACUCACGUCCCCGCGCCUCCCCCCUCCUUCCCCACUCGGCCGCCUCACCCCCUGCCCCUCAACCCCACCACAACCCCCCAGCACUCCUACCUCACUUUGCCAAGGGUUCUCUGAUUGAGCUGGCGGGGGGCCGUCUGAAGCGUGUGGAGGAGCUGAGGACGGAGGACUUCCUAAGGAGUGCCAACACCUCCCCGGAGUUCCACCUGAGCACCUGCACCGUUCUGCUCAUCGCCCCCAGUGACACACACGGCUUCAACCACCUGCAGGUCCUCCUCACAGACCGCAACACUCAGGAGUUACUAACAGUUCUGGUGGAGUACCCGUUCUUCGUGCGGGACCGCGGCUGGUCUUCCUGCUGUCCCCAGAGAACCUCCCAGCUCUACGGCCUAUCCUGCCGCCAACUCAGCGAGGGAGACAUCUGCCUUGCCCUCACCCCCUCACACACACCUCGUACACACACACACUCACACACACGCACAGCCCCCCGGGGCCACCGCACACACACUCGGGCCAGGGUGGGGGCCAGCACACACAGGGAGGAUAUGCCCCCUCCUCCCCCUCCUCCUCCUCUUCCUCAUCUCUCCCCUGCUCUCGCCCCUCCUCCUCUCCCUCCACCCCCUGCAGACCCCCCCACCCAGGAGCAGCCACGCCCACGCAAGAGGCGAUGGUCCGCCCCCGACCUCUUACCCCCUACUGGAACUACGGAAGCUACCGGAACUGACAAGACCACCGAUUUACCUCACGGCUCCAAGCAUAGGAAGCGGCAGUAAAGCUUACACACACACACACACACACACAAAAACACACACAUGCAAGCACAAACACACCCUCCUUGUCUCUAGAGCACCCACAUGGCCACACAGUAGAGAGACCACGAGGCAGGGUUGCAGGGAAGGACAAAGAAAAUGCAACUUUACUUGUGUCCACACUGCUGCCCAAAGUAUGAGCCUAUACCCCUUUUUCUUCAUCCCUCAUUCCCCCUCUCUCUGCUUAGCAUACCUCUGACAGGGGUAACAGUCUCCCAGAGAGCUCCACAGUGACAGAAUGAGACGUUUAGUGAGACACUGUUUUUGUAAUGGUUGUCCCACACGCCUACUUACUGACAGUGUUUUCUGCAGGGUAUCGAUUUUCAAUCAGGGUUAUGAAGGUAAACUCUAUAUAUAUAUAUAAAUAUAUGACUAUAUAUUACAUUACAGAUGUUCUAUAAAUAUGCUAAACCUCUCUGAUUGUCACUUUCGUAAUGCGUUCUCAGUUUUUGAUUUUCUCGCUUCUUCUGAGCCGAAGUUUGACUGUCAGUCAGUCAGUCAGUCCAUCGGUCAGUGGGUCUGGGCAGGCAAAGUAAAUGAAUGUAUCAGCAACUCUUCGCCUUUUUACUAUUCUCGUUACCGGGGGGGUCAUGUCAAUCUCUUGUUCGCCAAGGUAUUGCUCUCCAAUAUGUUCUUAACAUUAUCUCAGCAAAAGGAAAAACACAAAUGAAAAUUGCGUAACAGACAAUCCUCUCCCACACAGGUGGGUCUGUGUCACCUCGCCUCGACACUGAGAGUGUUUUUCCAUUUAAAAAAAAAAGGAAAAGUAAUGGUGCUAAUAACAGGUUGGAACAUGAUGCUUUGUGAACACACACUUGACCCCUCUGUCCUGUACUCUGUACCCCUUCUGUUCCUCUUUGUUUCUCCAUGUACUGUAUAUGUUCGAGCGCAGGGAAAAACGAUUGAAAGUAUUUUAAAACUCAGAUACGGGUAUCUUUUCUGAUUCAGCACACUCUUUCACUUUAGUUUUUUCAACUUUUUUUUUGUUUGUUUGUUUUUCAAAAACAAAAACCUUACCUGUUUUUUUUUUUCUUUGUAAAUGUUAUAGCUAUAAAAAUUGUAUAUUUUUAAAAUUGUGAGUCUGUUAUAUGAUGUUCGCUAGAAAUUAUAAAAAUAAAAAAAAGCUUUAUAAAUUUAUACUGAAUGAGGUGACUUCGUACCCCAUACAUGCAUGAUCAAAUGUGUUGUACACACAGACAAUGUACUAUCACAGGUGUAGGGGACAAAUUAUGUUAUAGGAAAAAGAGAAUGUCCAAUACUCUCAUAUAAUGACAUUUAAUAAUAAUGGCAUAAAGACCGACGGUGACUGAAACGUUCCCAUUAAACUAUGGCAGCAUUUAAGUAGUGUGCACUUAUACUACAACUUUUAAUUCGUGGCACAAGAGAAAAGGUGUAUAAUUUAAAUCAUUUGUAAUGGUUUAAAGAUGUGUAAUGAUUAACCUGAUCUAUAGGCAGGUCUAUACGUCUGUGACAGUUCCGUAAAUCCCACAAUGGAUAUGAAACCAUUGUUAUAGUUACUAGACUGGCUGUUUGUAAAAUGUGAUUAUUGCUGCCGUUAUUCACAUUAAAUAAGAUACUGUACAAACAUUCUCUACUCACACAAUGUAAUUGAGGAUAAUAAUGACGAAAGAUGUCAAACUAUAAUACUGUAUACUGGCAAAAUGAUGACUUUCUCUGUAGAUUACAUUUGUCAAACCAAAAAAAUUAAACUGUAAAAAAAUUGCUGUACGUUAAGAAAGCUAUGGCUGU